AUUUCACAUGUUUUUUUCUUAUUAUUUUAUCUUUGUCCUUUUGUUAACUACAUUUGGCUUUCUUAGAAAUUGACAAGUAGAUAUCACUUUGGCAUGUGUGUAUAUGAGUUUGUGUGUAUGUAUGUGAAAUGAAGUUUGGAGAAGAGACUUUACUAGUAAAAUAUAUUAAAGUGGUUCACUCGUUACUUAAUAUAAGUUUAGUAAAUGGCUAAACAUUUUUUAAUUACUUGGCUUCUCUGGUUUACUUUGGCUUUCUGUAUUUGAUUGGUAAGUUGCAAAGAAAGCUUUCUGAAAUUAAAGAAAAAGUAGGUUGGUUUGGGGAAUUAUUUUAAAUGUGUAAGUUAGUAAGCACUUGCCUCUGUGUAUACCAAGUUAGUAUUAAUAAAUAAGUGUAUACAUCUUUGCCAAAUUGGGAUUAAGUAAUAUUUAUGUUUAUAAGAAAAACAUUAAUAAUUGAAGCUUUAAAGUAUUCUCUUAAGGUAAUUUACCUUGUAACUGAGACCAUUAUUUCAUAUUCAGGGUAAUUGCUAUGCAACUGUAAUUUACUUUUUCUCCUGUCUUUUUUGGGGGGGGGGUAUUAUAAUUGAAGAAAAAUCAUGAAAAGCAAAUUUCCUCCAUUAAGAAAAUAGUUGAUGAAGAUGUGAACAAGACUGUGGCCUUACAGUUAUUUGUUAUUUAUGACUUAACCUGCUUUAAGAGCUAAUUGUUACUAAUAUUUAUUUUUUAGUAACUUCUAUUUACAGAGCCACUCAUAUAAUAAGCUGUGCUGAAUUUGACAGUUCUGGUGUGUAAUUAACUUAUUCAGAGCAUUGGCUAUGGCAUGUGUACAUGGAUUUUAGAAUUGGGUUAUUACAAUUUAAAUGUCUUUAAACUGUAUUUUUAUUGGUGGAUAGUAGUAACUUUACAACAUAAAAAUUUUACCUGAAAUGUAAUGUACUCUUAUAUGUAAUGUUUUAAAACCUCUGAAAAACCAGGCUAACAUUAAAAUAACAUGUGUAAUGUUAUAGUUUCAAGUUUUUAUGCUUAUUUCAGAAUGCUGUUCUGAGAUGUUAAAAACAUUAGUCACAUACAAGUAUCAUUCUGUUAUUUUUAGAGUCCCAAAACAGAACAUUCUGGAUUUUUUUCAGAUGAAUUCUAAAGUACUUUUCUCAUCCAUGUCUAGGAGUUAGAGUGAGGUAGAGAAAAUAAAAAUAUAUUAAUUAUUUGCUAAAUCUAUCUUUAUCUACUGAUACUAAAGAGGGCAUUGAGCCCAGAAUUGGAGAGUGAGGUGAAAAAAGAGUAAGAAUUGGAGAGUAAGGUGGUAGUGGUUUAAUUCUGCAAACCAAGUUCAUACCAAUUUCACACCAACUAAACUGCAUGGGGAAAAAAAUCAGGUGGAAUGUUUAUGAAACAGGAAUAUUAAUUAUUAAUUAUGUUAGUAAAAUAUGCCAUCAACAACACAGGUUCUGUAUUAUGUUUGCUUUUUACUGAAUUAGAAGAAGGAAUUUUACCAGUUAUUGCUUUGUUGGAACCUUACUGUAGUCCCAUAGAAUUUUUUAAUGUAAUAUUUGAGAAGCCCUGGCUGUGAUUUGUCAUAAAUAUUCAAGGUUAUGGGCAGGUAGAGGUUCCUUGUGUUUUUUUUUUUAACUUGAUAGAGAUGAAGCUGGCUUUUCACUUUUUUAAAUAUCAUUUUGAGACAAAGUUUCACCUUUUUUGAACAUGAAAACUUAAAUAUUUUUAUUGCAGUUUACUUACAAGUAUUUUAGAGCACUUACCUAUAAUUGGUAUUAGGAAAACAUUCGGACACAAUUUUUCAUUAAACUAUAUACAGUAGAGAUGAAUUUAUAGAACCUAAAGAAUGUCAUAGUGAGCUCUUAAAGAUCUGAUUAUGCACUACAAGCAAAGUAACAAUGUAUUAUAUUUUGUACCAAAAAAGAUAACAAAGUGAGUUUGAAAUAAAUCGAAGGAGAGAAUUCCAUUGGAGUAAGUUCUGUGAUGUGCUUUAGUGCUAUAAGCAGGGUUCUGUUUACUUCACUGAUUCCAUUUCUCUUGCUGUUGUAGAAACAGCAUUAUGAAAGAAAUGAGAAAACCAUAGAACAAAAUUUUAAGAAAAGUUUUUCAGUUUCUGUCAGUUUGCUGUUUUUAAAAAAAAAUAUAUAGACAGUAUUAUGAGAUGAUCCUGAGCUGUAUAAGUAACGUUUGGUGUGUAAUAGUUUCAUACAUCUUCAGCAUAAGCUAUUGUUACUAAAACAUGCCAUUUCAGAAUAAAAUAUACUUUUGUUAUACUUGUCUAAAUAUGAUCUCUUUUUGUUGUUGUGUGCAUCUCAGAUUUAUUUUUAUAAAUGUUAACACUUAGAAAAAGAUAAGGUCAGACAUAACAAGGGUGUCAGCCUAAUCAUCAGUCAUAAUUUUAUGUCCACAUUUUCUGGUAGAUGGAUUUUGACUAUUAAUUUGGUUUUGUAUGUUUUCUCUAUGUGAUAUUUGUGCAUUAUUAGAUGACUAGACUGGCCAAGGCAGACCUGUUACACUUGCCUGACACUUGCCUGAGUUAGGCAUUGUUUGCCAUGCCACUAAACCGGCCGUCAAGUGAAACCUUCAUUGGGGAAAUGAGAUCGGAGUCUGAACCGCAGAAGAUGGACGCCCUGUCUCUGUUUUUUAUUGUUUUACUUUAAUUUCAUUUCUUUUUAUUUUGUCCCUUUUUUGUUUUUGUUUUGUUAAAUCUCUUUCACUUUAACCUGUGAGCUGGUUUUCCAGUUCUUUGUAAAUGGUAUUCCAUUAAGGGUUCAUAACAUUGCAUUGCAAAAUAUAUGGAGAGAUGAUCAGCAGAGCUCAACCUUAAGAUAAAAUAAAUUUUCACAGUAAAUUAAGAUGCAGUGUUAAGGAGGUAGGAAUCUUAAUUGGUGUUCAUAGACUGGUUAGGUACAUUUUGUUCUUGAAACACUGGUAAGGUUAUGUAGAAACAUUUUCUGAUCUCAGUGCAACAUUUUUGCAGUUUUUCUUCCAAGUCGACAUCUUUUUAAAGAAAACCAACUGAUAGUAUCCUUUCUCCUAGAAUUUUAGGAAUGCAGAAUCAGGGAAAAUAAGUAAAUUUCUUGCAACAAUCUGUGGGGAGAGGACACAAAGAAACUUCUACUUUUAUGAUAGUUAUUCAUUAUAGAAAAUAAAAUUUCCUUGAUUUAUCAAGACUUCAGUUGCCUACAAGGAAAAUGGGUAUUAGAGAAACUAUUGAAUACUAAGUUGUGUAUGUUUCUCUGUGUCCUUGAACUUUUUGUUGAAAAAUAUUCAAAGGUUAGUAGGUUUUAAGAAGAUUCUAAGAUUAGGACUAGUACUUUAAUACUAAGAAACAUUGUUCUCAGUUGUCAUUGAGUAUAAUUUAGGAAGAAUGCUCAUUUGUUUUAUGUUAGUAUUUACAGGGUAAAUUUGAUAGAAUUCUAUCUUGGAAGUUAAGUAAUGGAAUUUUUUUAAGUAUUUUUAAUAAUAAUUAGAAUAAGAAAAACCAGUGUGCUUACAGUUAGACUUUAUAAUAGCUUUUUCAUACUGUGAGGCAGUGAGAGUCAGAUCAUCUACUGAUGCUUUUUUUUUUUAAGCCAAAAGUGAAAGUCUUUAUAAUAUUAAGUAUUCAACAUUUGGCCUGUGUUGAAUACCCUUUUUGUUUGGGCAGUCUUUCUACAUUCUUGGUAUGGAUAAUUUGGCUUAUUUAACUGACAAAUAAUAUUAAAUUGGGACUUGACUAGAUUGGAACUCUUGUUUUUUUAGAUACAUAAAUUAGAGUAGCAAAGUAUAGGGUUUUUACCGUAGGACCUCAGUUGCUUUAUCAAGAUGCAUUCAGGUUUUACAAACAUUUGAAAAAUAAUUUCUAUUUAAAACAGGUCUGAUAACAAUAUAUGUAGAUAGUAUAUUUGUGGGUAUACAGAUACAUGUGUUAAUACUAGUAACUAAUACAAAAUUAUUGUUAUUUGAUGUUUUCAGUUAGGCCUCCUACCCUUCAUUUACCUUUAUGCAUGUUUUUAAAAAUCUGUGCUUAUGCAGAAUUUACACUGAAAUAAUAAAGUAACUUUGUGAAAUUAGUCGAUUAAAGUAAUAUAGACUUAGAUGUUACAAAGCUUAGGAGAAAGUAGACAUUUGUUAAAGCUAAUAAAAUGUCAAUUUUUUGUUUCUAUAAGCAAGGUGUACCCAUUAUUUGAAGCAAGUUUUAAAGUCCAUCUUGAAUUCCAUUCAUGUUUAGAGCUAUGUUUAGAUAAUAUUGUUUAGAGGUUUAUUUCUGCAUAUCUGGUUGUUUCAUAUAGUGUCUUUACCACUAAAACCCAGCAUGGUGCUUUUGAAAAUUUAUUCCAUAUGCUAUUUUCAAUUUAGCAUGACUUUGUACACUGUUUUAAAUUAUUUUUGAAGAAUUCAUGAUAGAAAUGCAUAGCUAACUAAUUAUGAGUAGUUCUUCUAAAACAGCUAUAUAUAGUCAACUUUUUUAGAAACAGUUUUUUUGGGGGGUGGGGUGGAAAGAGGUUCAGGGAAAAAUGAGAUUUGCGGUCCUUAUCAAAAUUGAUUAGAAUUCAGUAAUUAUGGAAAAUUGAUGUACUUAUUUCAGUAACAUUUUCAGCUUUUAGUCAUAGGAAUUUUUUUUAGCAUCUACAAAUUAUGUCAGUGUUAUUGUCAUUAUUGUUAUUAGUCAGUUGAGAUGUUUAUAAGCAAUACACUUAGGCAUCAGCUACUCUUCUUCAGAUAAGUAUGCAUAAAUUGGUUCUAAAAGUCAAUGGUUUAAAAGUUUCCUAUGACUAAGGAACUUUUUUAUUAGGUAUUCUAAAACAGUUUAGCAGUUUUCCCAGAGAUAUUCUUGGCACCUGAAUUCUUUUGGGCAUUUCUGACAUCGUUGAUGAGGCGCCUUAUUAACUGAGUGACUACAAGCUUCCUUUUAAAUUGAAGCUGAUUACAUGCAGUAGGUUUUGGGUUUUUUUUUCUGUCUACAUGAAAUUGAAUGGAAUUUGUUGGAAGGGUUAUCAAAAUUGUUUUCAUCACAAGUAGGUAGUUUCAAUAACAGCAUAGGGGCACUCAGUAAGGAACAAAUUUCAAUUUGCUUUUUCUUUUUCUUUUUUUUAACUAAUUUGGUUAUUUGCCAUUUCUGGGGAUUAAACUUUAAAAAAUGUUCUUCUUUUCUGUAUCUGAUGUUCUGUGUGCUAUUAGUGAUGCAGCCAACACGAACGGUUGUCAUGUGUAACACAACUUUCGAUCACCGCGAAAACACCGUCCUGGGAAAGCGUCCAUGCUUGAUAUCGUUUGGUUCAUGAACAUUAAGUUUCCAGUACAGGUAAAAUUCCAGAGGAAUCCAAAGCCCUCUCUUUAUUGACUCCUGCUCCAACCAUGACGAGUCUGAUGCCUGGUGCAGGCUUGCUUCCCAUACCGACCCCAAAUCCCUUGACUACACUGGGUGUUUCCCUUAGCAGUUUGGGAGCCAUACCAGCUGCAGCAUUAGACCCCAAUAUUGCAACACUUGGAGAGAUACCACAGCCACCACUUAUGGGAAAUGUGGAUCCUUCCAAAAUUGAUGAAAUCAGGAGGACAGUCUAUGUUGGCAAUUUGAAUUCCCAGACGACGACAGCUGAUCAGCUACUUGAAUUUUUUAAACAAGUUGGGGAAGUGAAGUUUGUACGGAUGGCAGGUGAUGAGACUCAGCCAACUCGGUUUGCUUUUGUGGAAUUUGCAGACCAAAAUUCUGUACCAAGGGCCCUUGCUUUUAAUGGAGUUAUGUUUGGAGACAGGCCUCUGAAAAUAAAUCACUCCAACAAUGCAAUAGUAAAACCCCCUGAGAUGACACCUCAGGCUGCAGCUAAGGAGUUAGAAGAAGUAAUGAAGCGAGUACGAGAGGCUCAAUCAUUUAUCUCAGCUGCUAUUGAACCAGAGUCUGGAAAGAGCAAUGAAAGAAAAGGCGGUCGAUCUCGUUCCCAUACUCGUUCAAAAUCCAGGUCUAGCUCAAAAUCCCAUUCUAGAAGGAAAAGAUCACAAUCAAAACACAGGAGUAGAUCCCAUAAUAGAUCACGUUCAAGACAAAAAGAUAGACGUAGAUCUAAGAGUCCACAUAAAAAGCGCUCUAGGUCCAGGGAGAGACGGAAGUCAAGGAGUCGUUCGCAUUCACGGGACAAGAGAAAAGACACCCGAGAAAAGAUCAAGGAAAAGGAAAGAGUGAAAGAAAAAGAUAGAGAAAAGGAAAGGGAAAAAGAGAGAGACAGGGAAAAGGAACGUGAAAAAGAAAAGGAACGGGGGAAAAACAAAGAUAAAGAUCGGGAUAAAGAACGGGAAAAAGACCGGGAUAAGGAUAAAGACAAGGACAAGGACAGAGAGAGAGAGCGGGAAAAAGAUCAUGAAAAGGAGCGAGACAAAGAGAAGGAAAAAGAACAGGAUAAAGAAAAGGAACGAGAAAAAGACAGAUCCAAAGAGAUAGAUGAGAAAAGAAAGAAGGAUAAAAAAUCCAGAACACCUCCCAGAAGUUACAAUGCCUCAAGAAGAUCUCGUAGUUCCAGCAGGGAAAGACGUAGGAGGAGGAGCAGGAGUUCUUCCAGAUCCCCAAGAACAUCAAAAACGAUGAAAAGGAAGUCCUCCAGGUCUCCAUCUCCUAGGAGCAGAAAUAAGAAAGAUAAAAAGAGAGAAAAAGAAAGGGACCAUAUCAGUGAAAGAAGAGAGAGAGAGCGUUCAACUUCUACAAGGAAGAAUUCUAACGACAGAGAUGGGAAGGAAAAGUUGGAGAAGAACAAUACUUCACUUAAAGAGAAGGAGCACAAUAAAGAACCAGAAUCAAGUGUGAGUAAAGAAGCAGAUGACAAGGAUGCACCUAGGACUGAGGAAAACAAAGUGCAGCAGAAUGGGAAUUGUCAGCCAAAUGAAGAAAACCUCUCUACCAAAACAGAAGCGGUAUAGGACCAACAAAUGCACCUCUAAACACACGCUGGAAUAAAAUCCAAAGCUUUUAAUUCUCUUAACAAGAUGUUAAACGGUGAAGAGAUCCAGUUGAGUAUAAAGAUAUGCGCUAACAGCUGUUCUAGUUGUUAGGUGACCUUGUGGCCAUCUUGUUACUGAGUAAGAAAAUAAAGCAUGGACAUCAUGAAAAUACCAGAUGUUACCCAAACCUCAUCUUGUAAAAUCUGUGCAUUUCCAUGGUGGCUGACACACUUGUCAUGUGGUUUGUUAGUGUUUGCCAAGAACCAUUACAAGUAAAUGGGACAUUAAAGAUCCAAAUUUGUACUAUCCAUAAAGACUGGAGACAAGCAUUGGAGGCUCUUUUAAAAAGUUCUGGUUACUGAAUUUUUGUAUUGUUUUACCUUUUUUUUUUUUAAACUUCAAUAUAUACAAAUUGAUGAUGUGCUUGAAUUGGUGCAAAUAUAUACCCACCCUUGUAAGUGCAAAUAUGUAAGAAGUUUUAACACUUCACAGGAUUUAUAGUGAUUGUGUUAAAUUCUCACUAUUGUGUUUUCUUUUUCUCACUGUUUAGGACAGCAGUUUUUCUUUAAAAUAGUUUUACAGAUUAAAAUUGCUUAAAUAAGUGGGUUAAAAAACAACCUUCAAUGCAUGCUACUACUGUUCUUUUUCCAAAGGAAGAAUGACUCUGUUGAAUACUAAUAAUAAUGUAUUAGUAUUCGGUGUUUAGAAUCAUUGGAUUUCCCCACAAAGUAAGCACUUCUUUUUUAACUUUCUUGACAUUUCCAAGCUUAUUAUAAAUAAUAUUGCAGUGUAUGUUGUCAGCAGUAGGUGGCAAAGGUGUCAUUAUAAAAAGAAAACUUGGGUUUUCAAAAUGGGCUAUGGGAGCACAAGCUGAAGCUUUAGUGCCUUCUACAAUGUGGUAUACUGUUUUCUAGAAUUUUAUAUGUGCUAGUCAUUCUCAAGUCAUACAGAAUUUAGAUGGAUAUUUCAUUCACUCCCAUAGAGAAGUGUGUAAGUGAUAUCAGAGCUUCUUAUUUAGUUCACCUAACAUGAGAGGGAAGUCCUGUUUUCAAGAAUGACUUUAGAGCUUUUAAAACGACAGUGCAAGUUUUGGGACCAUCAGUUUUAUACUGUGAUAAUUAAAAAUGAAGCAUGUUCUUAAUUUACUUACCCUUUAGUUGUCUAUAUGGAUGGCCUUAAUUAUUACCUCUCAAUCAUUUUCUCAUAAAUGGUGUGCAGAAAUUGUACUUACAGGAGAACACACGAGGUUGUUUUAUGUUUAAGGAUAUGUUUACUUGGUUUAAAAUACAGGUCAUCCAUCAUUCUUAGGUUCACUUUUGAAGAAAGUAUGCAAGUAGUGAAAUGAUUAACAUCGUUAAUAUUUUCCCCAAAACCAUAACUCAUGGUUUCAAAACUUUUCAUUAUUGUUUAUAUUUCCAAAAAAGUUACACCUUUUAAUUAGUAUGUUCUUGAAAAAUCAAGUAUAAUUAUUUUAUUACAAUCUAAUACAAUCAAAUUACUCAGUUGCCUUACCUCAUCUUAUAGAUUUAAAAAGCUGUGUGGCACAUCAGUUUCUUGGUUUCAACAUGAGUUUUCUUUUAAUGUUAAUAUUAUUGAAACUUAAGUAUUUGGUGAAGAAUGGAAAGAAUUGCCCUUAUUGCAAAUAAUGAAGCCUGAUUUGAUUAUGAAGCUGCUUAAUUACUCUUCAUGUGUCCAGAAUUACUGUGGUAUUUUUUCCUUUUUGUCACUGUGUACAUUAAAAUUUUUGAAAAUGCUUUACUAUGUAAAGUAUAGAUGGUCAUUUUAAUCAUUCAACCACAUACGGUUGGCUGGUAAACAGCUUAUUCUGAUACAAGAAUGCUUGGUGAAUAUGGAAAGAUCGUGAAGGAGUACUUAUGUCUAGCAUCAACAGUUGUCUUAUUUAUGAUAUGUAAGUAGAAUAGAGCAAAUGUUUGAAUCUUUGUUAUUUUUAGUACCAUUUCUCUAAUAAAGCUAAGUAUUUUAGAGGAAAGUAUUUGUUUAUGCAUUUCAAAACAGCAUCUUAGUUUUAUCCUGUUCUUUUUUCAGUUACUAUAGAACUUGUUUUGACGUGGAGUGCAUGUUUGUGUGGUGUCUAUAAAACAGUCAUUUAAACUUUGAGGUGUUUCCUAUUAAAUGUUUUUGAUGUUGUAAUUAACAUAUUUAAUUUGGGUCCUGCUGCUAAUUAUUUUUCUUGCUGAUAUUUAAUCAGUUUUAAAAUAAUGAAAGACGGUGAUUUAUAAAAGGUGGACAUAAGUAGGAAUAUAAGAGACCUGGAAAAAGUGAAAUCAUUUUCUUCAUUUAGGGCUUGUGGAAGCAAAGUGUUCUAGGGCCUAUAGAUACGGGGGGGUGGGGGGCGGUGGGUGAGAGACAGAUAAAACGUUCUCUUUGUUCACUUAUGAGAGCUAAUAUGUUUCCAUUGUUUGUUACUUUCUCUCAAGGUAUUUUGUUUUUUCUUUAAAAUUAUUCUUGUUCAUGCCAGGUGUAGAUGUUGUCAGAAGAACUUGAGAUAAGGCCAAGAAGACAGCCAUUUUAUACUUGAAGCCUUCUGUAAAUUACCUUUUUUAGCUCGACCACACAGAGAAUAUACUCUGUUCCUUAAAUUGUGAUUGCUCUUCAUCAUUCUAGACAAAUUCUGUUGGCUCUCUGGUUCUUGCUUUUCAGCAGGGCACACUGAAAUGAUAAUAUAAAAUGGCCCUUCAUAAGGUAGCCAGUUUCAUGUGAGAAAACAAGUAUAAACUUUAACUUCUGCAGCCAUCUCCUUAGUUAUUAUUUUCCAUCUGUUACAAUUGAAUACUAGUCAGCUUGUGGUUUCCCGUUUAGAAUUCUAUUUUUCAAGAGGUUCACUGUAUGCCAUGUUUAUCUUCAGAAGUGUCAGUGGCUUAAAUUUUGACAUGCUCAAUUUUUAAAAACCUGACAUUUCAAAUCAAUAUUUUGUCAAGAAAAUAAUACCUUGUGAUAUUAGUCAUUCAGGAUUCCCAUUCAUUUCUAUAUAUAUUGCUAGAUUAUUAUCUUUAAAAACUUGAUCCAAAUUUUUCAACAAGAUAAUAUUCAAAUUUAAGGAUUAUAAUAUACAUACAGUAAUAGGCUUUUAAAACUUUAAAAAAUCUAUUAGAAAUAAUAUGGUUUGAUUUAAAUCUUUAGUAGUCAAAUUAACAAAGUGAAUCCUUUUGGAGGGAUACAUUGAAUAACUUAACAUUUCAAUUAGUCCUUAUAUUCUUUAAAAGAUACUAUGAAUUUAAUUGGGCAAAUGAUGUAGAGCCAUUUCAACAAAGCAUGCUUACGUGUUUGAAUAUUUUAAAAAAUUCGCUACUUCUAUACUUAAUAUUUUCUUUAUGUUUAUUAAUGUAAUAUUUAAAUUUAUCUUCAAAUUUCAAAAGUUAGUGCUCUUCAAAUGGCUAAAUUAUAUUUCUGAACACAAGAAUACAGUAUAAAUGUAAUAAAUUAAUCUUUUAAAAAUAAAAUUGACUUCCCUCCUUAAUCUUGGGUUUGUAGAUGAAUUUGUUUUCCUUAGUACAUGUUUAUUGAUGAUUCUGCCUAAAGACUCAUACAUUAUUUCAAAAAUAAAAGCUAAAGCUAUUAAUGACUUUCAUAUUCUGUUAGGUUGGAUUUAAUAAUUAAUGACUAGAUUUUUUUCAUUUUAUUUUAAAGUACUUUUAUCAUUUCUAGCAAUUAAUUUAUUAUAAUCACUAGUUUAUAUUUAAUAUAACAUUCCUUAACACAUUGUUUUUAAAAGCAGGUUUGUAGUCUGGUGCCUGAUUUUUAAAUUUACUUGUAUCUAACAUUUUAAUUUUGGAAAUUGCCAACUUCUUGGGAAGCUUCACAUAUUAUUUUCCCAGGAUUGGAAUGAAUAGUUCCCUUCAUUUGUAAUUAACAUUUAUUUGCUAGAUAAAUAAUUUCUUAACCAUAUUAAGUUCAAAUUUGUGAAACUCAUACUGAAAGAAUUAAGGGUUGAGAUUGAGUUCUAGUUGAAUGUUACGGGUAGGCAAAAAACUGUUGGGGAACAAUCUAAAGAAUUUCCCGAUUUCCACAGAAGAUUACAUUUUGGUAUACUGUGUAUUUGUAUAGGUAGUUCAGUUUAAUGUUAAAUAUUACUGUUCUUAAUCUUAAUUAGGUUAAUACAAUAGUGUUCUUUACAUAAUACUAUGGAUUAUCAAGGGAAAAGUUUAAAACGUAAACAUGAAGAUGCUGCAUAGGUGGUGUGUGUUGUGAGUAGCACUACUAAAUGGUACUAGUAAAGAUUUAUCAAAUGAUGCUGCUAUUGUGUUAAUAUAUUUUUAAUAAAAUGAAAAUCUUAAAACUUU